CGCCCUUCGCUACCCGUGGACACAGUUCAUAUUUUCAUCUCCCCUCUCGGCUCUUUCUCUCCAAAAACCGAGCACGAAUUUGGAUUCAAUAUUUGGACCAUCAAAAGUUUGAUUUGUUCCAUAGAUCUUGAAGAGCCAGAAUGCCACGUCGUGGAAAAAGUAGCAAACCAAGCUAUGGCCGGACGACCGGUAGUCCGUACAUCCACAAGCCGCUUCCUAGCGGUGUUCCAGUACCUAUGUGCUUUUGUGGUGAUCCUUGCAAGGUAGAAAUUUCGGAAGACGAGGAAACCUAUCGGCAGAGGUAUUGGAUGUGUUCGAAUUUUGCCUGGGAGCCUACGCCAAAACAACGCCGCAGUAACUUUAUUACCCCUCCACCAUUGUGUGAUUUUGAGCAGUGGAUCGACACUGAGGUUAAGGAGUCCGACAAGCGGCUUCUACAAGGCCUAAAGGAGUGGGAUGCAGAGCGUGCAGAGAUAUUAGAGAAGAGACGUAGAGAGGAGGCUCAAAAUAGGGAGCACAAGGAAGAGGAGGAAAGAAGACGUGUUGCUGCGGCUCGGGAGGAGAGGGAAAAGAAGCUUGAGCGUGUGCGCCGAGCGAAGGCAGCGAUUGAUGAGAAUCCAGAUGCCCAGAGGAAGAGAAAGUGGCCUCGUUGCACUCAGUAGUUACAUUACCUUCUUGUUCUUUGUUUGGUUCAUGGACAAUAUUGUUUUGUGUUGGACUUUUCAAUUUGUUGUUAUGUAAUGCACUUUAGCAAUUAUAAUUUGGUUUCAUUAUUAGUAGACAAUAUUUUUAUUUGAGUAUUGCAUAGGCAAUGAAAUGAGGAUAAUUAGUUGAAAUAGAAGUU